AUGGAUUUCACAGAAGUAGCUACUAAGCCACAUGCUGUUUGCAUUCCAGUUCCUGCUCAAAGUCAUAUAAAGGCAGUGCUUAAAUUUGCAAAGCUCCUCCACCACAGAGGUUUUCAUAUAACCUUUGUCAACACAGAGUUCAAUCACAAGCGCUUUCUUAAAUCUCUAGGACCCAACUCCCUUGAUGGCUUGCCUGAUUUUCAAUUUGAAGCCAUCCCGGAUAGCCUUCCGGAUUCAGAUGAAGACGCCACACAAGAUGUCACCUUGCUUUGUGAAUCCGUCAGAAAACAAAAUUUCUUGGUUCCCUUUCUUGCCCUCCUUGCAAAACUCAACAAUGAUGCCAUAUCAACAUCCAGCAAUCCUCCUGUGACUUGCAUAGUUUCAGAUGGUUUCAUGUCCACGUUCACAAUCACAGCUGCUGAAGAAAUCGGAGUCCCUAUAGUACUGUUCUACACUAUAGCUGCCUGCAGCUUCAUGGGAAUUAAACAACUUCGCGCUGUGGUUGAAAAAGGACUUGCUCCACUCAAAGAUGAGAGCUGUUUAACAAAUGGCUAUCUGGAAACGGUAAUAGAUUGGAUCCCAGGAAUGAGAGAUAUCCGUUUGAGGGAUCUCCCGACCUUCUUGCGAACCACAAAUUCAGAUGAUAUCAUUUUUAACUUCAUCAUGGAAGAAACCGAUAGAGCUCAUGAAGCUUCGGCAGUUGUUCUUCAUACUUUUGAUGCCUGGAGCCAGAUGUUUUGGAUGCUCUCUCAUCUAUGCUUCCCCAUGUGUACACCGUUGGCCCUCUUCAAUUGCAUCUCAAUCAGAUACCAGAACACCCUUUGA